GCUUGAGUAUGGGAUCAAGUCGAACCUCAGGGGCAUCAAGCUGGGGACCAUUUUGCCAAUACGUCGAUGGGGAAGGCGGUUUAUGUUGAUUUUUUGGGCGAUGCGCUGAAGGAUGGGAGUUAUAUCGUAGCGCUGGAGCCCGAGGUCGUUGGACGUGGGUUGGAGGCUGUAAACAAGGGAUUUGAGGUUGGUAAGAAGCGUGUGAGGGCCAAGAAGGUGGUUGUUUCUUUGCCGUGACGUUGGCUUUUGGAUAGGCUGAGAUUAUGGGAUCAACUUUGGGAAGGCUAUAAUUUGGUUGUGAUGAUGUCGGUAUAAUAUUUCUAUCGUCGGAGUCUUGACAGGGAACGCUCGGGUAGCUGGCGCGUUGCUUCUUUGGA